AUGAACGACUUUGCGCUGAUGGGCGGGGUUGCUAACCCCGUGCAGGGAGUGCACUUGGGGAACGGGACUGGCGCGGGUGCUGGCGCAGGCGCCGGGGGGAUGCCGGCAGUGCCUCCGCCGCCAGGGAUCGCUCCGGCAAACCGCAACUCGCGGCAGUUGCUGGAUUACUUAGCGGUUAAUAACAACGGGGGGGGUUGCUCCCGGUGGGGUUUCUGGAGGGGGGGCCCCGGCCCCCCUCCACCUCCAGGAGCCAUUGCGUCGGAUCCUACCACCCAGCUCCACCUAAAUGCAGCAAACGCAGCAAUGCACCCGCACCUGGAGGACCCAGCGUUGCUCAACAACGAUAUAUGGAAGUUGCAAGUGCAACUCGCUGCUGUCUCCGCUCAGUCCCUCGGACAGCCGAACGUCUACGCAAGACAGAACGCAAUGAAGAAGUACCUUGCACACCAGCAGACUGCGGGGGGGGACCCGCCCACUGCGGGGAAUCAGUCCCUGCAACAACUCAACGAGGCGUCGAUGUCCCUGCUGAAUAGAACUCGAGUGCUGCUCUCAGAGAUCGCAGCGGACUCGCAGAAAAUUAAGAAGGGGUACCAGGCGGAUGAACCAACUGCCGUUGAAAGUACAGCAGGUACUCCGUCGACCCCCGCUGCGGAAUUGCAAGCGGCAAGAGACAACAACGCAACACCUUCCAUCUUCCAACACAAGAAAAUCACCCCGUUCCACAUAGAGGACGAAGAGGACGAGGAUACGAUGCCCAUAGAGAAGUCGAAAGACACCGCAUACAACGACCAACUGUGGCAUGCACUUGAUUUCUCCAAUUUGCAAAUUUUUAACGUCAACAAGAACUUGUUCAAAUACACUUUUCUCACUAAACUGUACUUGAACGGGAAUGGGUUGUCCACUCUCCCCUCAGGUAUCAAACACCUCAACAACCUCAGAGUCCUCGACUUAUCUCACAACAGACUCUCAGAGCUGCCCGCAGAACUGGGCAACUGCUUCAGACUCAAGUACCUCUACCUGUUCAACAACUUGGUAGAGACACUCCCCUGGGAAAUGGGCAAUCUUUGUAACCUCCAGUUCUUGGGGGUAGAGGGGAACCCACUGGACAAGAAACUACUCAAGAUCCUCCUAGAAAAAUCAAUCACGGGGCUCAUCUUCUACUUGAGGGACAACAGACCAGAGAUCCCACUAGUACACGACAGACCGUUUGUGGAACUAGACAUUGACGGAGAACCAAAACACGAAUACGAGUCCCUCCAGGAGAGCUCCCAGGGGGUAGACCACGAACUGACCAAAAAGUCGUUCACCGUACUGUCGUAUAACACCCUGUGCCAACACUACGCUACCCCGAAGAUGUACCGAUACACUCCAUCGUGGGCACUCUCAUGGGAAUACAGGAGAGCGAAACUGAGAGACCAAAUACUGUCGUACUCUUGCGAUAUUAUGUGCCUACAAGAGGUCGAGGCAAGGACUUUUGAGGAUUUUUGGUUGCCACUACUAGAAAAACACGGGUACAGUGGGUCCUUCCAUGCAAAGACGAGAGCGAAAUUGUUACAACAUAGGGACUCAAAGAAAGUUGACGGGUGUUGUGUGUUCUUCAAAAGGACAAAAUUUAGAUUGAUCAAGAAGGAAGAAGUGGAUUUCUCUAGUACUUGGAUGAAACACGAGAAAUUCCAAAGAACUGAGGAUUUCUUGAACAGAGCAAUGAACAAGGAUAACAUCGCACUGUACUUCAAAUUGCAACAUAUUGCCUCGGGGGAACACAUCUGGGUCGCAACGACUCAUCUCCACUGGGACCCGAAGUUUAACGAUGUCAAGACAUUCCAAGUUGGGGUGCUCCUCGACCACUUGCAAACGCUGAUCAGACAGGAUAACCCAAGACAGGACGUCAAGAAGGCACCUGUGAUCAUCUGCGGUGAUUUCAACUCGUACAUAGACUCAGCGGUCUACGAGCUGCUCAGCUCGGGGAGCGUCAAGGACCACCGCGACGGCAUCAAGAGGGACUACGGGUACAUGUCGCAGAAUAACUUCAGCCACCAACUCGCCCUCAACUCCAGUUACGGACUUAUCGGAGAACUGCCCUUCACGAACUUCACCCCGUCGUUCGUAGACGUCAUCGACUACAUAUGGUACUCGACUCACGCGCUAAGGAUUCGCGGACUCCUCGGGAAACUUGACGACGAGUACAUCUCCAAAUUCAUCGGGUUCCCAAACGACAAAUUUCCAAGUGACCAUAUACCACUGAUAGUUAGAUUUGAAUUAUUGAACACCAACAACAAUAACAAUAACAACACCUCCAAUAACAAUGCAAGCUCAAACUCUGGGAGUAGGAAAGUGUGA